AUGUUGUGCCUGAGCCUCAUGCCACUGCUCGUGCUGGUGCUGGGGGUCAGCCUGGGGGCUGCCUUUCCCCAUGACACCCUUCAGAAGGGCUGCAGGCUGUCCAAGUACCAGAGCAUUGCAGAAGAGGAGCAGGAGGCUGUGGACAAGAUGAGACAAGCGUUUGUGAACAACCACAAAUGCAACACCAGGCUCUUCCACCGGAAAUGGAAUGCAGUAAACCUGCCGAUGUCCGACCGAGUGGUGCUGGUGGCGGCCGAGCUGAACCUCACCACUGCCAUGCUGGAGCUCCCCGCUGUCCCCAGCUUUGUCGAAGUGCGCCGGCAGCCCCUGGAUUUCUUCUCCAAUGCCCGGGAGGACGUACGGGGCUGUGUGAGUGUGGAUCCUGCACAUCAGCCCUCGGGCAGGCUGCGGCACUGGCUGCACAAGCUGCAGGAAGCCAUGCGAACAGUGAGUCGGGCGUGCCUGAGAGCCACCACCAUCCUGCACGUUCUGCAAGUGCUGGACAACCUGCGCUGCGCUGCCCUCCAGGACAAGUGCUGA